AAUUUUUUUAUGUUAACCAUUUUGUCCUCUGCAUCAACCUCUGUGCUUUGUAUAAAAAUUUAUGGCUCGCUCAUUCAUUUAUGCUUCUUGCCAGGCACUGGCACGGAGUCAAAUAACACUUUGGCAGAAGGAGGAAUACAUGCUAAAACAUGGACAUAUACUAGAUACUCUAGUAGUUCCCACCAGCUGAAAUUAAGAUUGCAUUUCAACAGAUCAGGUGGGUGGGGAUAGAGUAUCCUGGAAGAAAAGUGUGAUAGGGUAUACUGCGUCAGCCCAAACUUCAGAAUCAAAGUCUAUCUGUUAUUGGGGGAAAAAAAAAGAGCUGGUAAUCUGGCUGGGGAUUUAUUUGAAUCAGUGUUCAUGCUGUGAAACAGAGUGCAUCUGUCCAGCAUCUUGGAUUAGUUUUGAGCCCUUGUGAAGAGAGGAAUUAGGACCAGAAACUGAGAGAGCUAUUUGAGAUACUCUGGGUGUAAAUUGUGCUGCCAUGGAGGCAGGGAGAGGCCACUCUACUGGCUUCCUCAUUGAACCCAGCACUACUGUAGUAUUUUGGAGAGUGGUAGCUUUCGGCACAUUGACUGGUAGCCCACUGGCCUGUGGAUACUGGCAUUUUCACAGUGGGCCCUAUGAGCAGGGGCAGUGGCAGUGGUGUAGCACCCUUAAAAGGCUUCAUGAGUAGAGGGUAUUGGAAAAAGGGAACCGGAGCAAGAAAGGAAUUAAAGAGUGGAUGCAGCAUGAAGGACGAUGGCUGACAGACUGGUUCAUGAGCCUAUUGAGACACACCAGGGGCCUUCUGCUUAGAGGUGGGGCAAGAGCAUGACUCUGGGCUACUGAAACAUAUAUGGCUUCAGUUAUAACCACAACCUAUUGAGUCCUGGGGAUAUCUGAGUUACACUUUUUUUGUCUGCCGUGAUGGAACUGUGUCAUAUUCAUCUUUAGUUCCAGGACCUAAUACCAGGCCUGACACACAGCAACAGCUGACAAAAUACUUUUGGAUCCAUUUGGGAGUUGGGAGGAGUCAGAGAAGGGUGGGUGGGAAGCAUCACACAUACAGGCACGUGCUAAAAAUGUGAUCUUUUCUUCCUGAUCUGACCAGACCUGAAAUAAGAAACAGAAACUGGAUCUGUGCCAUAUCAUGGGUCCUGGCCCCUUUAGGUUCUGCCAUCAUGAGUGAGGAGGUGCUGAGACAAAUUCCGUGGCAGUUAGGAAGUGAACUGGCUGCCAAGAUGGAGAGGAGGGAAUAUUUAAUCUUGACCUUCUACAAUCCCGAGGUUCCCAAAAUGAAGGGGAACCGGAACUACCAAAGGCCUACCCUCCCCACCAACAAACAUCCGAGUGCCUCGAUGCCACCCCAGAGGCAGCAGCAGCAUGUGAAUCAGACACACACCUACAUCCGAAUGUUCUGUGGCAGCCUCUGUGGUUUUGGCCUACUAAUCCUGAUCUGCAUGUCCCCACUGAACUGGGUGCAGUUCCUGGUGAUCAAGAAUGGCCUUGAGCUCUACGCAGGACUCUGGACCUCAUGCAACCAUGAGCUGUGCUGGAGCCACACAACCAAGCCCCCUUACUACCUCCAAUACUCCAGGGCCUUCUUCCUCAUCUCUGUCUUCACCAUACUCAUUGGCCUUGGCUGGCUCUUCAGGGCUUGCCUCCCUAGAAGAGGAAGCAUGACCACCAACUUGGAUCUGAAGGUAUCCAUGCUCAGCUUCACCUCAGCCACCUGUGUGCUUCUCUGCCUCAUCCUGUUCCUGGCACAAGUUCACUGGCAUAGUAGAGAUGUCCUGGAGUCAAAUCUCCUAUGGACCUAUCAUCUUAACUGGUGGGGUGACUUCUUAUACAUGUUUGCUGGGAUAAUCUCCUUUCUCAACUACAUAACUUCCAGAUACUCUUCCCCUGAUCGAAAUGUCACUGUGAUUCCUAUAGAGAAGUCAAGGUUGGGGAUUGGUCCAGUGACAACUGCUAAAGAUGAAGGACAAGGGCCUGAAGAGGAAUCUCAAAAUGAGGACGACAGACCAAAUGCAGGACUAUGAUGAUGGUAGCAAAAACCUUACUACUGUUCACCUUAAAAAUGGGGGAGGAAGCAUCUACUAAAGUUGGAAAUGAUUGCACAGAUUCUAGGAAACUCUCCUAAUAUCAUGUCCAUUACUGAGGGAGACAAUAUUAAAGCUGAUGAAAUGUCCUUUGUGUGUGUUGGAUCCAAAAUAUAUAUGAUAGUCAUAAAGAAACUAAUGAGAACCCGUUUAAGAAAAUAUUUCUAAAAGAAUACAGCAGUGUUUAGAAAUGAAAGAAGCUAGCAAUAGACGCAGUUUGUGGACCAGAGGUCUCUCUGAGUAUUAAGGAUCUCACAGAAAAGCUGGAAAAGAAUGUCACCUAAUUCUGUUUGGAAUUUUCUUUAUUAAGUAUGGCUUUGGGCACACUUAAGAUGGAAGGCAUUUGGACUUGGACAAUACUGUUGAAUCUAAAUUGGA